UGCUGGGUGGCGGCGGCGGCGGCUGCCGCCCCCCCGGGGCUGUCCCCGGGGCCCCGCCGCCGGUCCCCGCAGCGCUGCCCGCCCCGCAGCGCCCCGCCGCCGCCGGCGGCAUCGCGGGGGAGGCGAGCGGCCCCCAACCGGCACCCGCUGUUCCCGCAGUACAACUACCAGGCGGAGGUGGCCGAGAACCAGCCGGCGGGGACGGCGGUGGUGGCGGUGGCGGCGCAGGACCCCGACGGGGGCGAGGCGGGGCGGCUGGUGUACUCCAUGGACGCCCUGAUGAACAGCCGGUCGCGGGAGCUCUUCAGCAUCGACCCGCGGGCAGGGCUCAUCACCACCACCCAGGCCCUCGACCGGGAGAGCAUGGAGCUGCACUACUUCCGAGUGACGGCCGCCGACCACGGGGCGCCCCGGCUGUCCGCCACCACCAUGGUGGCCAUCGCCGUGGCCGACCGCAACGACCACGACCCGGUCUUCGAGCAGGGCGAGUACCGGGAGACCAUCCGGGAGAACGUGGAGGAAGGCUACCCCAUCCUGCAGCUGCGGGCCACCGACGUCGACUCGCCGCCCAACGCCAACAUCCGCUACCGCUUCGUCAACGAGCGGGCCGCCCACGCCGUCUUCGAGAUCGACCCCCGCUCCGGCCUCAUCACCACCAGCGGGCCGGUGGACAGGGAGAAGAUGGAGAGGUACUCCCUGGUGGUGGAGGCCAACGACCAGGGGAGGGAGCCGGGGCCUCGCUCCGCCACCGUCAAGGUCUACAUCACGGUGCUGGACGAGAACGACAACACCCCGCAGUUCAGCGAGAAGCGCUACAUCGUCCAGGUGAGGGAGGACAUACGGCCCCACACGGAAAUCCUGCGCGUCACCGCCACGGACUUGGACAAGGACAACAAUGCGCUCGUCCACUACAACAUCAUCAGCGGGAACAGCCGGGGCCAGUUCUCCAUCGACAGCGUCACCGGGGAGAUACAGGUGGUGGCCCCGCUGGAUUUCGAGGUGGAGAGGGAGUACGCCCUGAGGAUCCGGGCGCAGGACGCGGGGCGUCCUCCUCUCUCCAACAACACCGGCAUGGCCAGCAUCCAAGUGGUGGACAUCAACGACCAUGCGCCCAUCUUUGUCAGCACCCCUUUCCAAAUCUCCGUCCUGGAGAAUGCCCCCCUCGGCCACUCCGUCAUCCACAUCCAGGCCGUGGACGCGGACUAUGGCGAGAACGCGCGCCUGGAGUACAAACUGACGGGGGUCUCGGCCGACACGCCCUUCGUGGUGAACAGCGCCACGGGGUGGAUCACGGUCAGUGGGCCCUUGGACCGGGAGUUGGUAGAGCACUAUUUCUUUGGGGUAGAGGCUCGGGAUCAUGGCUCCCCGUCUUUGUCUGCGUCUGCCAGUGUCACCAUCACGGUCAUGGAUGUCAACGACAACCGCCCCGAGUUCACCCAGAAAGAGUACUUCAUCCGCCUGAACGAGGACGCGGCCGUGGGGACCAGCGUCCUCAGUGUCACAGCGAUUGAUCGGGACGUGAACAGCGCCAUCACCUACCAGAUCACGGGAGGCAACACGCGGAACCGCUUCUCCAUCAGCACGCAGGGUGGGGUGGGGAUCAUUACUCUGUCCCUGCCACUAGACUACAAGCAGGAGAGGCGCUACGUGCUCACCGUGACGGCCUCCGACCGCACCCUGCGUGACAACUGCCACGUUCACAUCAACAUCACCGACGCCAACACACACCGGCCUGUCUUCCAGAGCGCCCACUACUCUGUGAGUAUCAAUGAGGACCGGCCCGUGGGCAGCACCGUGGUGGUGAUCAGUGCCACGGACGAUGAUGUGGGGGAAAAUGCCCGCAUCACGUACUACCUAGAAGACAACGUCCCUCAGUUUCGCAUUGAUCCAGACUCUGGGGCCAUCACUCUCCAGGCAGAACUGGACUAUGAGGACCAGGUCACCUACACGUUGGCUAUCACUGCCAAGGACAAUGGGAUCCCUCAGAAAGCAGACACCACCUAUGUUGAAAUCAUGGUGAAUGACGUUAAUGAUAAUGCGCCCCAGUUCGUCAGCACGCACUACCAGGGCAUGAUCUCUGAGGACGCACCUCCCUUCACCAGCGUGCUCCAGAUCUCUGCCACCGACCGGGAUGCCCACACCAAUGGGCGAGUGCAGUACACCUUCCAGAACGGGGAGGAUGGGGAUGGAGACUUCACCAUAGAGCCCACCUCAGGCAUCAUUCGCACCGUCCGCAGGCUGGACCGCGAGAACGUCCCCGUCUACGAGUUGACUGCAUAUGCUGUGGACAGGGGCAUCCCUCCUCAGCGAACUCCUGUCCAUAUCCAGGUUACCAUUCAGGACGUGAACGACAACGCCCCUGUCUUUCCAGCCGAAGAGUUUGAGGUCUUGGUAAAGGAGAAUAGCAUCGUGGGCUCUGUUGUGGCCCAGAUCACAGCCAUCGACCCAGAUGAGGGACCCAAUGCCCAAAUCAUGUACCAAAUUGUGGAAGGCAACAUCCCUGAGAUAUUCCAGAUGGACAUCUUUUCUGGGGAGCUCACAGCCUUGAUAGACCUGGAUUAUGAGACAAAACCAGAGUAUGUGAUUGUAGUGCAAGCCACCUCUGCCCCUUUGGUCAGCAGAGCCACGGUCCACAUCAAACUCAUUGACCAGAACGACAACAGCCCUGUUCUCAAGAACUUCCAGAUCCUUUUCAAUAACUACGUGUCCAAUAAGUCCAACACCUUCCCCUCGGGGGUCAUAGGGAAGGUCCCAGCAUAUGACCCCGAUGUGUCCGACCGCCUCUUCUACACCUUUGAACGGGGAAACGAACUGCACUUGUUGAUUGUAAAUCAGUCGAGCGGGGAGCUGAGGCUGAGCCGCAAGCUGGACAACAACCGCCCGCUCGUGGCCUCCAUGCUGGUGACCGUCACAGACGGCAUCCACAGCGUGACGGCCCAGUGCGUCCUGCGGGUGAUCAUCAUCACGGAGGACAUGCUGGCCAACAGCAUCACGGUGCGGCUGGAGAACAUGUGGCAGGAGCGCUUCCUCUCCCCGCUGCUGGCCACCUUCCUGGAAGGGGUGGCCACCGUGCUCGCGACGCCCAAGGAGGACGUCUUCAUCUUCAACAUCCAGAACGACACGGACGUGGGCGGCACGGUGCUCAACGUCAGCUUCUCGGCGCUGGCGCCGCGGGGCGGGCACUACUUCAGCUCGGAGGAGCUGCAGGAGCAGCUCUACAUGAAGCGCAUGGCGCUGACGGGCGCCUCCAUGCUGGAGGUGCUGCCCUUCGACGACAACGUCUGCCUGCGGGAGCCCUGCCAGAACUACAUGAAGUGCAUCUCCGUCCUCAAGUUCGACAGCUCGGCCCCCUUCAUCGCCUCCCCGUCCACCCUCUUCCGCCCCAUCCACCCCAUCACCGGCCUGCGGUGCCGCUGCCCGCAGGGCUUCACCGGCGACUACUGCGAGACGGAGAUCAACCUCUGCUACUCCAACCCCUGCCUCAACGGCGGCACCUGCACCCGCAAGGAAGGGGGCUACACCUGCGUUUGCCGCCAGCACUUCAGCGGCGAGAACUGCGAGGUGGACAGCCGCUCGGGGCGCUGCCAGCCCGGCGUGUGCCGCAACGGGGGCACCUGCACCAACGGCGCCGACGGGGGCUUCCGCUGCCAGUGCCCGGCGGGCGGCUUCGAGGCGCCCUUCUGCGAGGUGUCCGCGCGCUCCUUCCCUCCCUGCUCCUUCGUCAUGUUCCGGGGCCUGCGCCAGCGCUUCCACCUCACCCUCUCCCUCUCGUUCAGCACGGUGGAGCCCAGCGGCCUCCUGCUCUACAACGGGCGCCUGAACGAGCGGCACGACUUCCUGGCGGUGGAGAUCAUCCAGGGGCAGGUGCAGCUGAAAUACUCCACAGGGGAGUCCAGCACGGUGGUGAGCCCCUACCUGCCUGGGGGCGUGAGCGACGGGCAGUGGCACACGCUGCAGCUCCGCUACUACAACAAGCCCAAGGUCAGCGCCCUGGGGGUGGUGCAGGGCCCCUCCAAGGACAAGGUGGCCAUACUGACAGUGGACGAAUGCGACGCCUCGGUGGCCCUGCAGUUCGGCAGCGAGAUCGGGAACUACUCCUGUGCUGCUGAGGGAGUGCAGACCAGCUCCAAAAAGUCCCUGGACCUCACAGGUCCCUUGCUCCUCGGAGGGGUCCCCAACCUGCCGGAGAACUUCCCCGUCACUCACCGGGACUUUGUGGGGUGCAUGAGAGACCUGUACAUCGACAGCAAACGCAUCGACCUGGCCUCCUACAUCGCCAACAACGGGACCACUACAGGCUGCCAUGCCAAGCACACCUUCUGCGACUCCAACCCCUGCAAGAACGGCGGCACCUGCUCGGUCAGCUGGGGGACCUACUCCUGCCUCUGUCCCGUGGGCUUCGGGGGCAAAGACUGCCGCCACACCAUGCACCAUGCCCACUAUUUCCAGGGCAACAGUGUCCUGACCUGGGACUUCAAGACAGACGUGAAGAUCUCGGUGCCGUGGUACCUGGGGCUGGCGUUUCGGACGCGCCAGCCUGACGGGGUGCUCCUGCAGGCACACGCCGGCCAGUACACCACCCUGCUCUGCCAGCUGGCGGGGGGGCUGCUCUCCUUCAUGGUGAGCAGGGGCUCGGGGCGCAGCACCAGCCUGGUGCUGGACCAGCUGCAGCUCAGCGACGGGCGAUGGCACGACCUCCAGCUGGAGCUGCGGGACGUCCGCAGCGGGCGAGACUCGCGCUACGUCAUCACCCUCACCCUGGACUUUGGGCUCUACCAGGAUACGGUGGUUGUCGGGAAUGAACUGCAUGGCCUGAAGGUGAAACAUCUGCACGUGGGGGGAGUCCUGGGCUCUGGCGAGGUGCAGAACGGGCUGAGGGGCUGCAUACAGGGUGUGCGACUGGGUGACAGCGUCACCGGGACCGUGCUGCCCAAGCCCAGCCAUGCCCUGAGGGUGGAGGCUGGCUGCAGCGUGCCGAGCCCCUGCGACUCCAGCCCCUGCCCAGCCAACAGCGUCUGCAAGGACGAGUGGCAGAGCUACUCCUGCGUGUGCCUGCCAGGGUACUAUGGAGGGGACUGCGUGGAUGCCUGUCACCUCAACCCCUGCAAGAACAAGUCCGUGUGUCGCCGCAAGCCGGGCUCACCCCUGGGCUACGUGUGCGAGUGCGCAGGGAACUUUUUCGGGCAGUACUGCGAGCACAGGAUGGACCAGCAGUGUCCGAAGGGCUGGUGGGGGAGCCCCAGCUGCGGGCCGUGUAACUGCGACGUGAACAAGGGCUUCGAUCCCGACUGUAACAAAACCAACGGGCAGUGCCACUGCAAGGACUUCCACUACCGCCCGAAAGGCAGCGACACCUGCCUGCCUUGCGACUGCUACCCCGUGGGCUCGUCCUCGCGCUCCUGCGACAAGGAGACCGGCCGCUGCCACUGCAGGCCCGGGGUCAUCGGCCGCCAGUGCAACAGCUGUGACAGCCCCUUCGCCGAGGUGACACCCAGCGGCUGCGAGGUGCUCUACGAUGGAUGCCCCAAAAGCCUGAAAGCAGGCGUGUGGUGGCCCCAGACCAAGUUUGGCCUCUCGGCCGUGGUGCUGUGCCCCAAAGGCUCCUUGGGUUUGAGGGGUGCAGGCGCAGCCGUCAGACACUGUGACGAGGAGAAGGGCUGGCUGGAGCCAGAUCUCUUCAACUGCACUUCGCCUGCCUUCAAGGAGCUCUCCAUCCUGCUGGAGGGCUUGGAGAGGAACGAGACCGAGCUGAACACAAUUGAAGCCAAGAAGCUGGCCCACCGGCUGCGGGCGGUGACGGACCACGUGGAGCACUACUUCGGCAACGACGUGCACAUCACCUACCGCCUGCUGUCUCGCCUGAUGGCCUUCGAGAGCCGGCAGCGCGGCUUUGGGCUGACGGCCACGCAGGACGCCCACUUCAACGAGAACCUGCUGCGCGCGGGCAGCUCCGUGCUGGCGCCCGAGAACCGGGAGCACUGGGCCAUGCUGCCGCACAGCGAGCACGGCAGCGCCAGCCUGAUGGAGCAGCUGCGGGACUACUCGGGCACGCUGGCCAGCAACAUGAAGCUCACCUACCUCAACCCCGUCGGCGUCGUCACCCCCAACAUCAUGCUGAGCAUCGACCGCAUGGAGAACCACUCCCACAUCCGCCGGCGCUACCCGCGCUACCACAGCAGCCUCUUCCGCGGCCAGCCCGCCUGGGACCCCCACACCCACGUCGUGCUGCCGCUGUCGGUGCUGAGCCCCCCGAAAGCUGAAGCUGCCCCCACGGCAGUGCCUACGCUUGCUGGGGGUGAAGGGAACUACACCGUGGAGAGCUCCUCCCCGAGGCAGGCGCUGCCGGAGCCCGAGCCUGCCCUCACCGUCAUCAUCCUCAUCAUGUACCGCACCCUGGGGGGGCUGCUCCCCGCGCGCUACCAGGUGGAUCGCCGCAGCGUCAGGCUCCCCAAGAAUCCCGUGAUGAACUCCCCCAUCGUCAGCGUGUCUGUGUUCAGCAAUCACACCUUCCUGCGGGGGCCCCUGGACACCCCUCUCGUGCUGGAGUUUCGCCUGCUGGAGACUGCCAACAGGAGCAAGCCUCUCUGUGUCCAGUGGAACCACUCCAGCCCGACCAACCCGUCGGGCUUCUGGACAGCCAGAGACUGUGAGCUCGUGUACCGAAACACCACGCAUGUCCAUUGCCAGUGCUCCCAGUUUGGCACCUUUGGGGUUCUGAUGGACAGCUCGCACCGAGAGCAACUGGAAGGUGACCUGGAGACGCUGGCAAUUGUCACCUACUCCUUGGUGUCUCUCUCCCUGGUGGCCCUGCUGCUCACCUUCUCCUUCCUGACCUGCCUCAAAGGCCUCAAGUCCAACACCCGUGGCAUCCACUCCAACAUAUCAGUCACCCUCUUUUUCUCUGAGCUGCUCUUCCUCCUGGGCAUCAACCGCACCGAGAACCAGUUUCUCUGCACUGUGAUUGCCAUCCUCCUCCACUGCUUCUUCCUCUCGACCUUCGCCUGGCUCUUCGUUCAGGGCCUCCACAUCUACCGCAUGCAGACCGAAGCCCGCAACGUCAACUUCGGGGCCAUGCGUUUCUACUACGCCAUCGGCUGGGGGGUGCCCGCCAUCAUCACCGGGCUGGCUGUUGGCCUGGAUCCUGAGGGCUACGGGAACCCUGACUUCUGCUGGAUUUCCAUUCAUGAUAAGCUGGUCUGGAGCUUUGCAGGCCCCAUUACUGUCGUCGUUGUGAUGAAUGGGGUGAUGUUCCUGCUUGUGGCCAAGAUGUCCUGUUCCCCAGGCCAAAAGGAGACCAAGAAGAAAUCGGUUCUCAUGACGUUACGGAGCUCCUUUGUUCUGCUUCUAGUUAUUAGCACUACCUGGCUCUUUGGCCUCUUGGCUGUCAACAACAGUGUCCUGGCUUUCCACUACCUCUACACUGUCCUCUGCAGCCUCCAGGGCCUGGCCGUGCUGGUCCUCUUCUGCGUGCUGAACGAGGAGGUGCAGGAGGCCUGGAAGCUGGCCUGUCUCGGCAAGAAGGGGCAGAGCGAGGAGGCUGCUCGGAGCACGCAGGGCCCCAACGCCUACAACAACACGGCGCUGUUUGAGGAGAGCGGCCUCAUCCGCAUCACCCUGGGCGCCUCCACCAUCUCGUCGGUGAGCAGCGUGCGCUCUGCCCGCACCCACUCCAGCCAGCGGGGGUACCUCAGAGAUAACAUGACGGCACGUCAAGGCUCGGCCCUGGAUCACAGCCUGCUGGGUCACGCCGGCCCCACCGACAUCGACGUGGCCAUGUUCCACCGCGAUGCUGGGGGAGACCAGGACUCGGAUUCGGACAGCGACCUGUCUCUGGAUGAGGAGCGCAGCCUCUCCAUCCCGUCCUCGGAGAGCGAGGAGAACGUGCGCCUGCGGGGCCGCUUCCAGCGCCAGUUCAAGCGAGCGGCGCACAGCGAGCGCCUCCUCACCAACCCCGCCAACACCACCCCCAAAGACGUGGAUGGCAACGACCUGAUGUCGUACUGGCCGGCGCUGGGCGAGUGCGAGGUUCACCCCUGCUCCCUGCAGAAGUGGGGCUCCGAGAGGAAGCUGGGCUUUGACGUCAACAAGGAUGCGGCCAACAAUAACCAGCCGGACCUGGCCCUGACCAGCGGGGAUGAGAACUCCCUCACCCAGACCCAGCGGCAAAGAAAAGGGAUUUUGAAGAACCGCCUCCAGUACCCGCCAGCUAUCCAAGGCCUGCCGUCCGUGGGCAGGAUGACCAACGAGCUGUCCUGGUACAAGACCUCGACGCUGGGUCACAGGGCUGUGCCCGCUGCCUCCUACGGCAGGAUCUACUCCGGGGCGGGCAGUCUGUCGCAGCCGGCCAGCCGGUACUCGUCACGGGAGCAGCUCGACAUGCUGAUGAGGAGACAGAUGUCCCGGGAGCAGCUGAGCAGGAACAACUCGGGGGAGUGCUUGGAGACUGUGCCCAGCCGGCACGGCUCCAGGGAGGAGCUGGACACUAUCCCCAGCAGGCAUGGGUCUGCCGAACACCUAGAAAAUAUCCCCAGCAGACACGGGUCGAGAGAAAACUUGGAUCUGCUUGCUCCUCGGCCCAGUCAGAGAGAUCACGGGAACACGCUGCCCCGGAGGCAGGGCUCCAGAGACCACCUUGAAACUUUACCCUGCAGAUUUGGGUCAAGAGAGCAGCUAGACUGUGGGCUGGUAAGAGAGGUCUCGAGAGAGUGGCUAAACACAUUGCCAAGUAGGCAAGUGUCCAGAGACCGAAUAGAUACGUUGCCAAGUCGAGAUACUUCUCGAGAACAAUUGGAUUUGCUUUCUAGAAGACAGCCUUCAAGGGACCAGCUAGCAUCGGCUAGGCAAACUUCAAGAGAGCAGCUGGACUUUCUCUCCAGAAGAUCUAAUUCCAGAGAGCCCCUGGGUACAGUGCCCAGCAGGCAGCCCUCGCAGGAGAAUCUGGGGAGUCUCUCUAGGAGACAGCUGUCUAGGGAAAGCCUAGAGCCGCUGUCUAGGAGGCAGCCUUCCAGAGAGAACCUGGAGGCCAUCCCCAGCCGCCAUCCUUCCACUGAACAGUUAGAUAUCCUUUCUUCCAUCCUUGCUUCUUUUAACACCUCCGUCCUCUCCUCGGUGCAAUCUUCCAGCACGCCUUCGGGCCCCCAGACCACCGCCACCCCCUCUGCUGUGCAGACCUCCUCGCCGCCCUCCGCAAUGUGCCCCUCGACGCCUCGCUCCACCACCUCCCACAGCAUUUCGGAGCUGUCGCCAGACUCAGAAAUAAUGAGAAACGAGGGCCAUUCCUGAGGGGCCGAAGCCGUCCACGAGAGAAACAGAAGAGGCAGGGCCCUUCGCCUAGCCGGACACUGCCAGCUGAGGUUUGGUGUCCCCAGGGGCGGGGGCCAGAACUGAUGGUGCUCAGAGGCCCC